AUGAAUAUUAUACAAGCAAGUAAUUCGUCUGUUCAAUCAUUGAGUAUUUAUUUUGAUGAUGACGAUGAAGAGAAUAAAAAAUUAUUUGAAAAUGUUUAUAUCUGUUUAUCAACAUCCUCAUCUAUCGAUCAAAAUUUAAAACGUUUUGCAUACGAACCACAAGAUGAAAAUCAACGUCGAGCAUCGACUGAAUUUUUAAAGCUAUUACUAACUCGAUGUUAUGAAUGUGAUACAUGGAAUCAUUUGUUCUCAAAUCUUAGUUUUUAUCCGAUCAAAAUAUUCCGACAAAUACGAGACAAACAACUGUUACCCGAUUUAUCUGAUUCGUACAUUCGUGACUUGAUAUUACAUCAUAGUUCAAUAUUAUCAAGACUAAUUCGUUCUCAAAUAUGGAAUGAAAGACGAUUGGCAGUAUGUGAUGAUUUUCUUCUUCAUUUAUUCUCAAAACAUACCGUAUUCGAAUGUGUCAUACCAGAAAUACAAACCUAUGUAAAAUUAAGUGGUAAUUCAAAAUUUGAUUAUUUACCACGAUGGAUAAAACGACGAUCAAAACUAACGACAGAAGAAUAUUAUGAAUAUAAGAGACAAAAUGAGAAAAAAGUAAAAAAUCAAAUAACGACAAAUAUAGAAGAAAAAGCAUUAAAUGAAAAGUUAACAGAAUUAUGUCAAAAAUGUUACGAUCGAAAACAAAUGUUGUAUCGUUCAUUAGCUAAAGAACGUUUUGAUACAACACAUAAAUUAGAAUUUAUUAAACCGAAAACCACCAAAUCCGAUAUAUACACAUCGUUCUUCAAAUUCGAUUUGAUACCACAAAAACAAAAAGAAUCAAUUGAAAAUACUUUAUCGACAAUAUUUUAUCAACUCCAUUGUAAUCAUCAUUCUAUUUCCAUACGUCAUCAACAUUUACCAUAUCGUUACACGAGACAAAGUAAACCUCAACCAACAGCAUCACUCGAUCAACUCGUUCCAUUACGUACACCUACAUUAUGUGUGAGAAAAUUAAUUCGUUAUUGGUUAGAACAUUUACUACCCGUUGAAUUAUUUGGUGAUGUUAAUAAUAAGAAAUCGUUUAUUCGUUACAUAUGUUUGUUUGUAUUAUCGCCGCGUAAACAACGUUUUCUCAUGAAUGAUUUUCUACAUUGUUUAAAUUUAUCUGAAAUUAAAUGGUACAAUCAUCAAACAGAAUGGAUCAUUGGUAAACUUUAUCUUUGUUUAAUUAUUGACUAUUUGAUUGAUUAUGUUAUUACAUUAGUACGUUCAUAUUUCUAUAUUACAGAAUUGGCUGCACCAUCACAUCCAUCCGUUUUAACAUUUUACAGUCAUCGAAUAUGGUCUCGUCUUUACUAUUUGGCACAGAAAGAAUUGAUUGAUAAUUAUUGUUUUCCAGAUCGAAUACCGAUAAUACCACUAUUAUCAGAUUCAAAUUUAACUCAACUACAAACAGAUGAUAUACACUGUUUUUGGAAAAUACGAAUUGUUCCAAAACACGAUAGUGUACGAUGUAUAACAAGACCUCUCAUCACUGAACAAUAUUUAUCCGAUACAAAAGAAUUAUUAAAAUAUUUUCGUAUUAAUCAUUCUCAUCUAUUGGGUAUAUCAGUAUUUAGUCGAACUGAAAUGUACAAUAAAUGGAAACAGUUUAUGGAUAAUAAUAAGACAACAAAUAAUAACGAAAAAAUCAUGUAUUUUCUACGAACUGAUUUAAAAUCAUUCUAUGAUUCGAUCAAUAUCUAUUAUUUGUACAAGUCAGUCGAACAAUUUCUUGACGAUUGUCAAUUUGAUUAUAAUCUUAUUAUUAGAAAAAUUUCAGCCAAAACUUAUCGUGCACAUCGUUUACUCAUCGAUAAAUUUUAUCUCGUACAUAGAGAAGAUGAACAUUUAUCCGAUAUAUUUAAUAAUAACGGUACUAAAUAUAAUGAACGAUUGAGAACAAAAUUUCGAAAUGCAAUCAUUACUGAUGAAGGUGUAGUAGAUAUUUAUGGCAAGUCAAAAUUGUUGAAAUAUAUUCAUGCACAAAUUUUCAGUGAGAAUGAUGAUAUUGUUGCUUUUUUACUAUUUAGUUCGUAUCUGUGCACCCGUUCACAAUCUACAUCAUAUCGACGAUGUUCUGGUAUUAAUCAUGGUUUGAAAAUUGCACCAGUACUCGGUGCCAUUUAUUUGUCAAAUGUUGAGAAAGACGUACAAUUGAAAUUGUUACCGGAUGAAUUUGGUUGUCGACAUGCCGACGAUAUUUUGAUUAUGUCACCGCAUCGUUAUCGUUUGAGACGAAUUAAAAUAAAAUAUGAUAAAACAUUGAUGACACUUGGUCAUAAAUGUGGACUGAUAAAAACCAAAAAUAAUUUAAGAAGGAAAGGAAAUGUGAAUGAUAUUAAAUCUCGUCCGAUAUCCUAUUGGGGCUGUUUAAUUAAUGUUCAAACUCGAGAGAUAUUGGUGGAUAAACGUACAACAAUGGAGAUGAAAUGUCAACAAAUAAUGGAUGAAAUUUGGUUAGAUACACAUGAAAAUAGUUAUCGUCAACAGUUUCGCUCGACUGUUUCAAAUGAUCUUUAUUUAAAAUCAAACAUCUGGUAUUUUGAUUUAUCGUACAAUUCAUUAAAAACAUUUUAUCGAAAUUUUUUCUAUUUAUCAUGCUAUUUUAUUAAUCGUCUUCAUUCAAUGUGCUCAAGAUUUUAUCAGAUACAUUCUUAUAGUUAUAAGAUAAAUUAUGAUGAAACAAAUUGUUUAUCGCGUCUGAUCAACAAUGCGUUUUUUAUACUCUAUCGAAAAGCAUGUUUCGUAAAUAAGAAUACUGAUGAUAUCAAACGGGCACGACGUGUUUGUAAAUAUUUAUUUGUCACAGCGUGCUGUAUAAAAUUAAGAACAAAUAAAAGUUUCUAUCCAAAUCUGAUCAUUAAACGUCUGACGUGUCAACGUCAACGUCUUCGUAUUAAUCGUCAAACGUUGUUUAGUGUUUCGACGCAAACUCUUUGA